AUGAAUCUUCAGGCAAACAAGAGGACUUGUAUCUUCCUACACACAAUAAGUACUAUGAUUACAAUAUUUUCCAUGGCCUAUGAGAAAAAGUCUUUUCUUAAGAAUGUACAAAACGAAAUAGAAAUCAGGAAGCUUAUGAUCGAUCAAGAACUAUACACGGAGUUACUUAGUAGAAUAGCAGAUGGAAAUUAUCUUGUCACUCAAAAGGGAAGUAAGCUUUUCAGAUAUCUUAAAGACACAAACAUCCUUCCAGGUAUCUAUCUAGUUGGAUCCCGGGGAAGACAGGAGCAUGUCUCUUUAGAGAAAGUUCCUUACCUUGAUCCAAGAGCUAAGUAUUUCUUCAUAGACAUCAAGGACAUUCCUCUCUACAGAAUGUUUCUGAAGAACAAUCUACGCUCCUUUAUCCACACAAAAGGUUUCGAUUUGGAUCACACCGAGAAUGAAAUCCUUCAAAUGUCAAGGAUCUCCCAAGAAUGCUUAAGGAUUCUCGAUAGAAUUGGAAGCACAAAAAUUGUCAUGGAGGACAUGAUAGUUAAGUUAAAUAAGGGAAAUCCCGAUGAACUUUGCAUCGAGCAUUCUCAAGGCUUAUUCAUCACAAAAUCGCUGUUCAAUAACAGAAACGAGUUUUUAGAAGACCUGAAAACCCACUUCGUUGGCUUCAUGGACUUAAUCCCUUUUGGAAUGAAGACAUCUUCCUUCUGUAGUGCAUAUGCAAAAAGCGUUAUUAAUUAUCUAAAAAGAGAAAACGUCCUUUUACUAUCUCCGUCGAUCAAAAGGUAUCCAGAGCUAAUUCAUUAUCUGUUUCCAUACAGAAUAAUCUCGGGUACAUCCAAUCUCUCGAGCAACCAAUUAGUUGUAGGAGGCGUUUCCUUUAAUGGAAUUCACCAGAACGACUACUUAAAAGAGCUAUUUGACCUUGAAAAGAUUAAGAAGAUAACUGAGAAUGGAGUUAAGUUUAUAUUUACAGCCCAUGUAUCCAUAGACAGCCGAAAAAGGAAAUACGGUAUCUCUUUCAUUUAA